AUGCCGGCCGCCGCGCCAGCGCCGAGGAAGUCGGCGCCGCCGGUGCUGAGGCAAACGUCGCUGACGGCGUGGCGCAAGUCGCAGACGGCUCAGCCACCAGCGGAGAAGAAGCGCACGACGUCAGAGCCGCCGCCAAAGCAGAUGUCGCCACAGGCGUUCAACGGCAGCGCAGUCAAUGGCUCUAAUGGUCAUGCAAAUGGUCAUGAUCUGAAGACGACGAGAGGCUGGAAGGGGAAGUACAUUGAGCAGAACGAGGAGCAGACGGUGCUUCAAAGUCUCGGCAGUGCUGUGUUGGCCAAGCACAAGAUGGCGACGAAGCAGAAGUCGCGUGCGCACCUGGAGAACAAUAUGUCAGAAGCCGAACGACGCUUGAAAAGAGCACAGAACCAGCACAGCGCUGCGCAGCUUAAGCUCGACAAGCUGAAGGGCAGGCUGACCCGAGACAGUGCAUUCGAAAGGAAAGGACUGGAGGCGCUUCUUACUCGCCUAAACAACACGAUCAAGGGUGAGCAGCGUCAGAUCGAAUGGCUCACUCUCCAGAUCGCCGAAACGGACGCCAGCCUCGAGGAGCUGGCGCGACGAGCCGGCCAUCUAGCGGCGUGAACGAGAACCCUUGCAGGCAGCGUUGGUGAGGCGCCGUUGUUUGAGUUGCGGCGUGUGCUGAGCGAAGGGAGCCAUGUGAUUGGACGCUUUAACAUCAACGUUGAUUUUUUGCUGUCUUGCACCAAAUGUCGCAGCCUGAAUGAAGAACAGAGUCGACUGAUUCGCUGGACGUAAACAGGAACUACACUCUCUUCGUGCUAAAUAUUACCAAAGAUGUGCACACAGCUGGCCACUUAUGCACCUGUCCUUCGAGACAUAUUUGAAUAGAUAUGUGUCAAUUCCUGUUAUGAUCCGGUCACCAUAUCGGCCGUUUUCUGGAAAAAUCUAAACGUUGAUCUCACCAGAAGCCCGGGUUAGAGUUCAAGCAUCCCAAGUGUGCUGU